AUGGAGGAUCCCGAAAGUGAGACAGAAGAAUCAUCUCCGCCUCUACAAGACACUUGCAUACAAGAAGUAACUGCUCUAUUUCCUGACAUCUGCCUUGAGUAUGUCAAGACGAUUGCUGGGCCCCUCUCAUUCGUCCCCCAUGAUGUGAUCAAUCAUCUCCUCGACCUCCAAGAGUCUGGUCAAGUAUAUCAAAAGGCACAGCGACCAAAACAGGCCAUCGGCAAGAGGAAGCGCACUUCCGAGGGACAAGAUGACGAAGACGAAGACGAAGCCGAGAAACUACAGAACAGACUCUCCGAAGCAAAGCGCAAAUACAGUAAUCUCGAACCACAAGCCAUUGCUCCCAAGAGUUCCCAAAUGUCCACUAUCAAGCAAAUGAUCGCAGGUGAAUUCCCACUGGUGCCAGUCAAGGUCAUUCAACAAACCCUCUCUGAAAACGGAAAUCGUCUUUUCCCUACAUUCAAUAUCAUCAGUACUGCCAUGAAUGAGGCAAGCGAUCAUCGCCCGUUGCCUUGGAAAUUGAAGAAGACGCCCUCAGUGCCUGUACCGCGAUACAAAAAAGAGAGCAUCGAGGCGUCCAUACAAGCCUGUCCUAACGACUGGGAAAAGGAAUUGAUGAAGGAACUCGAGGCUGCUCGAUUACUGCAGUCUGACGUAGCUGAAAAGCGUCGAGCAGAAGCAUUGGCCGAGGAGGCCGAAAGGAUGAACCUUGAGGAGGCCGAUGCAAGAGGAGAAGUAACUGAGUGCGGUUGCUGCUUUGCCGAUACUCCAUGGAACAGACUUGUCUAUUGUAAAGGCGAGGAUCCCCACGCUUUCUGUAUCAACUGCGCCCGCCGACACGCAGAGACACAAAUUGGCCUUUCAAAGUACGAACUUGAAUGCAUGUCCAUGAAUGGGUGUACGGCUGGGUUUUCUCAUAGCGAGCGCCAGAAGUUCUUGAAUAAGAAACUGACUGCGGCAAUCGAUCGAAUUGAACAAGAGGCCAAUCUGCGCAUGGCCAAACUGCCCAACCUCGCCAACUGCCCCUUUUGCCAUUAUGCAGAAGAGUACCCGCCAGUCGACGUCGACAGGGAAUUCCGGUGCCGAAACGACGAGUGCCAAAUCACGAGUUGCCGGCUUUGUAAAUACGAAACACACAUACCGAAUACCUGUCAGGAGGCGGCCAUCGAGCGAGGUGUCGACCUGCGACGGGAGGUAGAAGAGGCUAUGUCGAAAGCACUCAUCCGUAAAUGCAACAAGUGCAGCACCCCCUUCAUCAAAGAAGAAGGCUGUAACAAGAUGACUUGCACCCGCAAAGGUUGUGGUAACGUUCAGUGCUACGUCUGUUCCAAGUCUUGUGACUACAAUCAUUUCAACGACGAGAGUCGAGGUGGCAAGCAAGGCAACUGCCCCCUGUUCGAGAGUUCUGAAGAGCGCCACGAAAACGAAGUCAAUGCUGCUGAAAAGGCAGCUAAGCAGAAGCUCUUGGAGGAGAAUCCAGAGCUUGCAGCAGCGCCCGAACUCCUGAAUUUCCACAUGUCUGAAAGGGUUAAGGCCGACGAUAUGAGGCGGAGAAGCACUGGCACACGGCGCAAACCAUCUUCGUCAAGAGAAUCAUCUGCUGAGGGAAGCCCGUGGGCAGGCACAUAG